CUUGCUCGUAGUCUCCAUCGGUCGAUUGAAAGGAACGGAGUAGCGAUUCGCCACGCACGAGAGUGUUCCACCAUCAUUGUGCUGGUCGGAAGAAAAGACUAGAAGUUCGGGAGUGCAAGAAAAACGGAAUAUUUCCCACCGGAAACUAGUGGAUUGUAGUUUCGAGGAUCACAACACAAAAGGGGUGUUGUUUAGAAGAAACCAUGAAGUACUUGCUGCUUCUGAUUGUGGGAGUUUUCCUGUUUGCAGGACUCUCCCCCGUCCGCGCGGACGAUGCUGACACCGAGGACCUGCCGGUCGUGGAAAUGAACCUGGGCGCUUCCAAGGAGGGCUCUCGAACCGAUGCCGAAGCCGUACAACGCGAGGAGGAAGCCAUCAAACUGGACGGUCUGAACGUGGCCCAGAUUAAGGAACUGCGCGAAAAGUCGGAAAAGUUCACCUUCCAGGCGGAGGUCAACCGAAUGAUGAAGCUGAUCAUUAACUCGCUGUACCGCAACAAGGAGAUCUUCCUGCGUGAGUUGAUUUCCAACGCCUCGGAUGCGCUGGACAAGAUUCGUCUGCUGUCGCUUACCGAACCGGGCGUCCUGGACACAAACAGCAACCUUGAAAUCAAGAUCAAGGCCGACAAGGAGGGCAAGGUGCUGCACAUCAUCGAUACUGGUAUCGGUAUGACUAAACAGGAUCUGGUUAACAAUCUGGGAACGAUCGCCAAGUCCGGCACGGCUGACUUCCUCUCGAAAAUGCAAGAGACCAAGACAGAGUCCCAGGAUGUCAACGAUAUGAUUGGACAGUUCGGUGUCGGUUUCUACUCUGCAUUCUUGGUAGCGGAUCGUGUGGUCGUUACCACCAAGCAUAACGAUGAUGUGCAGUACAUCUGGGAAUCGGACGCUGCCAGCUUCAGCAUCGUUGAGGAUCCUCGCGGAAACACAUUGCAACGAGGUUCGCAAAUUUCUCUGCACCUCAAGGAUGAAGCCCAAGACUUCCUCGAAGAAGACACCGUCAAGCAACUGAUCAAGAAGUACUCGCAAUUCAUCAACUUCCCGAUUUACAUGUGGACCAGCAAGGAGGUGGAAGAAGAAAUCCCUGUUGAAGAGGAUACUGCCGAGAAACCCGAAAAGAAGGACGAAGACCAAAUCGAAGAAGAGGAUGGACAGGUUGAAGAAGAAAGCGAAGACGAAAAGCCAAAGACCAAGAAAAUCAAGAAGACCGUUUGGGAUUGGGAGGUGAUGAACGACAGUAAGCCAAUUUGGACGCGCAAACCGAAUGAUGUGACGGAGGACGAGUAUACCGAAUUCUACAAGAGCCUGACCAAGGACACUUCGGACCCAUUGACGCACACUCACUUCGUCGCCGAGGGUGAAGUGACCUUCAAGUCGUUGCUGUUCAUCCCGAAGGUCCAGCCAUCGGAGAGUUUCAACAAGUACGGAACCAAAUCGGACAACAUCAAGCUGUACGUCCGACGUGUAUUCAUCACCGACGAGUUCAACGACAUGAUGCCAAACUAUCUGAACUUCAUCCGCGGUGUCGUUGAUUCCGACGAUCUCCCGCUCAACGUUUCCCGUGAAACGCUGCAGCAGCAUAAGUUGAUCAAGGUCAUCAAGAAGAAACUCGUCCGAAAGGCCCUGGACAUGAUCAAGAAGCUCGACAAAGAAACCUACGAGAAGUUCUGGAAGGAAUUCUCCACCAACAUCAAGCUCGGAAUCAUGGAAGAUCCCAGCAACCGGUCGCGACUGGCCAAACUGCUGCGGUUCCAAUCAUCCAACAGCAAGAGCGCCAAGGAGUACACCAGUCUGUCGGACUACGUCUCUCGCAUGAAGCCCAAGCAGGAACACAUCUACUUCAUCGCCGGUGCCAGCCGUGCCGAAGUUGAGAAGACUCCAUUUGCCGAACGCCUGCUCUCGCGUGGCUACGAAGUUCUCUACCUGGUCGAAGCCGUCGAUGAGUACUCCAUCUCCGCUCUGCCCGAGUUCGACGGCAAGAAGUUCCAGAACAUUGCCAAGGAAGGGUUCGUCCUGAACGAGUCGGAGGAAAGCAAGGCCAAGUUCGAGGAGCUGAAGACCGAAUUCGAACCGCUUCUGAAGUGGUUGAACGAUGUGGCCCUAAAGGACAAGAUCGCCAAGGCUCUGGUUUCGGAACGUCUGUCCAACUCACCGUGCGCCCUCGUCGCCUCCAUGUUCGGCUGGACCGGCAACAUGGAACGCCUGGCCUUGGCCAACGCUCACCAGAAGACCGACGAUCCGCAACGUCAGUACUACCUUAACCAGCGGAAGACCCUCGAAAUCAAUCCUCGCCACCCGCUGAUGCGCGAAUUGUUGCGCCGUGUGGAUGCCGAUGCCGAAGAUGUCGUGGCCAAGGAUAUGGCCGUACUCAUGUUCAACACCGCUACCCUGCGGUCUGGAUUCCAUCUGCCGGAAACUGCCGACUUUGCCGAUAGCAUCGAGCGAAUGAUGCGCCAGACGUUGGGUGUCUCGCAGGACGAACAGCCAGAACCGGAAGAAUUCGUCGAGGAGGACAAUGGCGACGUUGACCCGAACGAAGAGGAGGAGGUCAACGCUGACGACGAUGCCGAGCAUGACGAACUGUAAAACAUGAUAACACGAAUGACUGGCAGCCAGCGCGCGAGUGUGUUGAUGGAUGAAUGAGUAGCGAAUAGAGGGGGAUAGGACUGAUUUUAAGCUAACCUCUAAUGCGUCCUGUAAUUCCAAGUUAGUCGAGAGAAGGAGCAUAUUUUUGUUGCUCCGAUUGUCUAAUUAAGCUUGUCCGUACGUUAUAGUAAUAAGGUAACCAAUUUGCAUUUCGUAAUAUCCGAAGGACAGUGUUCUUUUGUUUUUUUUUUGUUUCUUAAAAUGUGUUUCAAACAUUUUUGUAUAUUUAUUGAGCUGUACAAAAGCAAGUUCAUCACAGAGAAUCUUUAGUGACAGUGAAGCGACCGUAUCAACGUGGUUUUGAUCAAAUAAAAAAUAGCAUAUAAAUGUGAGCAAAUGAUACAAAAUAAACGAAGACUUAUCAAAUUGUGAAAUAA